AUGUUUGGAAGGAGUGGCCUCUGUUGCUUCUGCUUUUGCUUGUGUUACAUCACCUACUUCUUAUUCUUCCUAGCCUUCUUCAUAUUCUGGUCCAUCUUCCUUCCCCAAGAGCCCAAAUUCACCAUCACCAAUGCCUCUCUCACCCAAUUCAAUCUCACCAACACCAGCAUCAACAACAACACUCUCCACUACAACCUCACCCUUGAGAUCACCAUCAGAAACCCUAACAAAAAAGUCGGCUUAUACUACCGCCGAAUCCUAUUCGUUGCUAACUACAGAAAGAAGAGGUUUGCUUUGGUGAGGUUGAAUUCGACGCCGUUUUACCAAGGCCACAAGAACACCACCAUUGUGAAUGCAAAUCUUGAAGGGCAGCAGUUGAUGAGAUUUAAGGAACGUGACAUUUCCAACUUUAACUCGGAGACUGCAAAUGGGGUUUAUAGCAUUGAUGUGAAGAUUGCUCUUCGUAUAGGAAUCAGAUUCGGCAAGGUGAAGACGGGUUACUUCAAGAUUCCAAGGAAGAGCGACUGCAAGCUGAAGGUUCCUUUGAGCACUUCAUUUAAUGGAACAUUUUGGAGUGGUUUCCAGACCACCGAGUGUAAGAGUUUUCAUAUCUUUGGUGACCCUGAUGCUGCCUAG